CGGUGACGGCGGCGGGCGGCCAUGGCGAAGGCGGAGGCCGGCGGCGACGACGCCCGCUGCGUACUGCUGAGCGCCGAGCGGGCCCAGGCGCUGCUGGCCGACGUGGACACGCUGCUGUUCGACUGCGACGGCGUGCUGUGGCGCGGCGAGACAGCCGUGCCUGGCGCGCCCGAGACCCUGAGGGCGCUGCGGGCCCGCGGCAAGCGCCUGGGUUUCAUCACCAACAACAGCAGCAAGACGCGCGCGGCCUACGCCGAGAAGCUGCAGCGUCUGGGCUUCGGAGGCCCUGCAGGGCCCGGCGCGGGCCUGGAAGUCUUCGGCACGGCCUACUGCACCGCGCUCUACCUGCGCCAGCGCUUGGCCGGCGCGCCGGCCCCAAAGGCCUACGUGUUGGGCAGCCCGGCCCUGGCCGCGGAGCUGGAGGCCGUGGGCGUCGCCAGCGUGGGCGUGGGGCCCGAGCUACUGCGGGGCGACAGCCCAGCCGACUGGCUAGCCGAGCCGCUGGAGGCGGACGUGGGCGCUGUGGUGGUGGGCUUCGACCCGCACUUCAGCUACAUGAAGCUCACCAAGGCUGUGCGCUAUCUGCAGCAGCCCGGCUGCCUGCUUGUGGGCACCAACAUGGACAACCGGCUACCCCUGGAGAAAGGCCACUUCAUCGCGGGUACCGGCUGUCUGGUUCGAGCGGUGGAGAUGGCCGCCCAACGUCAGGCCGACAUCAUUGGGAAGCCCAGCCGCUUCAUCUUCGACUGCGUGUCCCAGGAGUACGGCAUCAACCCGGAACGCACCGUCAUGGUGGGGGACCGUCUGGACACAGACAUCCUCCUGGGCGUCACCUGUGGCUUGAAGACCAUCCUGACUCUGACUGGAGUCUCUACACUCGAGGAUGUGAAGAGUAAUCAGGAAAGUGACUGCAUGUCUAAGAAGAAAAUGGUCCCUGACUUCUAUGUUGACAGCAUAGCCGACCUCUUGCCCGCCCUUCAAGGUUAAAGAUUUAGUGUCUUUAAUCUCCAGAAUAAAAAAAGAAAUUCAAAAUCACUUAACCAAAUCAAUAGGUGGAGCUUAGGCAUCCACUCAUGUAGGUGACCACAGAGUGUAAUUGGAGUUAAGCAAAAGUGUUUGUUAGUUUUGUAAGUAAAUGUUCCGGGGGCAAUGUUGUUUACAGAUGCUUAUAUUUUAAGAUGCACUUUUAAUCUUUGAAGGCAUUGUGGGGAUAGGUCCUGGGCCUUGGAUGUGUUGGCAAGGGCAGGCAUAGCAUCUGUCCAGGAUUCAGGUAACUUCAGGCCCUGCUGAUAAUAAUGAGGCAGGUCUAGGAGUGUGUCAUGUAUUUGACAGAAAAUUUUAUUCAGGGAUUAAGCCCCCUUGAAGGGCAGAGGGGCAAUGGGGCUGAUUAUUGUGACUGUUGUGAAACAUUUGUACAGAACAGACCAGGCUUCUAACCCCCACCCUGCAUGGUCAUGCAGCAGAGGAGCAGCUGCUGUGUCCCAGCUCCUCACCUGCAAGGCGGGAAUGGAGGAAGGGGCUACUCCCAAGUGGUGUCACCCUGUGUUUGAGGUGUGAGGUGUUGCCCUUACCACCCUCCACCCUCCCCUGCUUCCUUGAAAACCACUUUGAUGUCACAAUUGUCUGUUCCAUUUCAAAUGCUCAGGGCUGCGGCUCCUCAUAUACAGCUGCCCAGUUCUGUAAAAUCAGCCCAGCUAAACCUUGGCUAUCUCAAGUGUGCAUUUAAACCCAGGUGACUCAGACUGAGUGUAUUGUCGGCUGAGGGGCCAAGUGGGCAUGGAUGCCUUUGCUGCAGUCUGGGCUGCUAUACAGGGAGCUCAGAGCAGCAUUGGUACCAAAAAUAAUAAUUUUUUUCAACUUGUGAACAACUUUGUCAAGUGGUAAAUUGAAUCUUUAAAUGUCUCAUAGAGAAAAUCCCACUGAAGGCUGCAUGCCCUGCAAGCAGCAGCACAGCUAAAGGCAUGUACUACUCAAGGACUGCCUGUCAUCUGGGGCACCUUCUUGGUGGGGAAGGAGAGAGGUCCCUAAGAAUAGGAAUUUCUUUUACAAAGCAUCCAGUCUUUUCCUAUUCUCCUGUCUCCUGGGUUUGGGUGGGGUUAGAUAUCAGUAGCCCAUGAGACCACCUCUCUUGGCCCUGGACUCCCUUGUUGAUGGCCAGUGGGAGGAUUGGCAGAGCCCACCAGCCAGCCAGGGGUUCUUGACAGGGGCUCUGGCCUUUUCUGUCUGUUCACUGGUUUGCUGACCUUUAGCAGCCUGCUGAGUAGACUCAGCAGCAUUUGCAGGGCAGAGCUGGGAAGCUGUUCCUUUCUGCUGACUCCUUCCUGGUGCCUUGCCCUGCACCCAGUGGCUUCUCUCCCAGCCUUGUGGUCAUGGUACUCCUUAAUCUGUUCACCAAGUUCUCAGAGCAAUAAAGGGUAUUCCAUCCCUGCAGCUGCUCCUGGCCAAGGUGGUUGGGCUGGGGCCAUGCCUGUAAGGUUGGUGGUGCUGACGUUGGCUCUGCAAGGUCGGCUCAAGGUGGGUCUGGAUAUUGAGCAGGCCUGUCAGGGCAUUGUCACCCACACCAGGAGCACAUGGCAGGUGCAGCAGCCAGCAAUGCCUCCCUCUUCUGGGAGCCUGUGUGCACCCCAUCUCUGGCCCCUUGCACUGUGUGAACCCAAAUGCACAUUAAACUCUCAAACCCA